UCCAGGACCAGCAACCACGAUGUCAAGCUCAAGUGACGACGAUGUCCGUGGAGUGGAAUCCGCCAUUAUCGAAAUGUUACGAGCCAGCAUGCCUGACAUGAGAUUCCUGAUUGUCACGGAACCCAUCUACCACGAGUACCUUGAUCUGCAAGACCUACCCAUUCCGUCCAGUAGAUGGGAUCUCAUGUUUGUACUGGACUGGAACGGAUGGCCCUGGACACUGGAUGACGUCAUUGAUCAGAUUCUGGGCGAGUCGGCUAGCGCAUUAAAGCUCUGGGAAUAUGCAAUUGAUCUUUGGGGGUCUGUGAUCAGGUUUGUCUCGGCGAAAUCCCUUAUGUAUCAAGGGUAUCGAGCUCCAUUGCUGAGCUCCAUUGAUGGCGAUUUCGAUGUGUACCCGUAUGCGGACCCGGAUGAUCUUGCGGCGUUGGAUAACUUUUGGCCUGAUGGAGACGAGGAGGACGAGGGCUCGCCUAGUAAUGAGGCCGAGGGAAAGCAAUCUAGUCAUGAUAGUGAUGAGCCUGAUUAUACUGAUGAUAAGCUUUGCUUCGAUGUUGCUAGGCUUUGCGUGACCGAUGACGACGACUAUUGAUGGGAGGAAAACCAGAGACUUAUUGGUUCUGUUUCGAAUCAGCGAAUCUCAACCUUUGAGUCCUUGUCAGUUACUGCCACAGCAUGGUCCACUGGACUGAUUGUUUGUGAGGCCAGAGUGGGUGUGGUAGUCGAAAAUUGGAAUAUUUCACUCAAUGCGUCGUGAGAUGGCGAGAAAAUUUACACAGCGUGUAGGCCGAAUAUCUUAUCUACUUCACCAUCCUCCACACUACGAACACCAUCACCUCCAACCUCAUCCUUCCCUCCUUGAUCUCCCUCCCUCCGUCUCUCCAAUUCCCGCUGAAAAGCCACACUGAAAGUAUACUCAUCCGCAUCCCAAACAAGAGGCCUACUCCCCUUGCCGCCCAUAUUCCUCGUCCCAAGCAAUUCCAUCUCCUCUUUCUCCUCCUCACUCAACAACCCAACCCGCUCCUCCCACGCCCUCUCUAACCCUCGUCCACUAAGCCCCAAAACCUCUCAUCAAUCUUCAACCAA